UAUUUUGGUCAACCCACUCAGCCUUCGUCAAGCUUCACAAGGACCCCAGGAUGUCCAUGCUUGCUGAGCGUAAGUGAAUAUAUUUCGAAUAAUUUAGCUUUAUUUCAUGCUCUGGGUCAGUGCUGAAACAUGUUUUUAAUAUUUUGCGUUCAUAAAGAAACGCUUUGAUCAUCUGUAUGAGACCUUUUCUGGAAAGUAUUCCGUCUUUCAUGUAUUUUGAAGGUUUUGCUCAGCUAGCCACAGUGCUGUCAUUAGCCCCGGCAGCUUGUAAACACGUGUCCCUGUCUUUUAAUUCUCCUUAGCCGCUUUCUCUUAAGUCUCAGACAAAAUAAGUAUUUCUAUCAGUGUGCAGUCUGUUUAAUACAACGUUUUUGUAAGAUUGGAGGCAAUGGGGCCUGGGUGUGGUGUCAAACUUAGUCUCUGCUAAUGUUGACAGCAGUGACAUUUUUAUCAUUAACCGUAAAAAAAUAACAAUUUCUGCUUUACCAGUUUAUUUGACUUCUGUUCACGUUUACAUUUAUAAAAAAAGUUGAGCAGGUCACAGUGAUCAAGCACUGACCUGUAAUGUUAUUACCUCAAUCAUGACAUUGUUUGUUUAGUCUCAUUGAAUUACUCUAGUUUGAUGAUCAGUACUUGAUUUCAUAGUCGAUUUGUUUUUCAAGUGGAGUGAAGUUUUGUUAUCCUUUACAAAAGUGUAAAUCGUUGAUUCGGGGCUUAUUAAUCUGCCAGCCCAUCUGCAGUUAUUAUUGUGUACCUGAGGGUGGCAUCAGAACAUCGGGGCUGGUAAAACAAUUCAUUUGUUAUAUAUAUAUAUAUAUAUAUAUAUAUAUAUAUAUAUAUAUAUAUAUAUAUGUGUGUGUGUGUGUUAAAAGACAGAUACAAAUACUGAGACUUCCCAUAAGAGCUUUUACGAUACAAUUUUUUCAUGUUGAUACAAUACCAGUUCAGAAAAAAAGGGUAGUUGCUGUUUUUGUAGAUACCAUUGCAAUUAAAAAUAAACUCCAGGGCACCCAAAAGGGCUUUUUUAAAAAUUAUUUCUGGUUUCCAGCCCUCACUUAAAGGGAUAUUCCAGCGUAAAAUUAAGUUAGGGUCAACCACACUGUAGCACAGAGUUAGACAACCCGUCGAGAGAUGAAUGUUUCUUACCACUUGCUGUUCUAGUUACCAACUUUGACGACCGCAUGACAGCAAUACUCAGGGAUUUGAGGAGCCAUAAACAAACCUCAACCAAAAAGCCACUCUAUAGCCACAAAUAAUGCUCAGAACAGCACCUAACUUCAUCAGCAGUACAUAUAGGGUCCCAGCCAUAGUACUAGCCAUCAAACAUCUUUUUAGUCUUGCCUAAUUUCUUUAGCAAAGAGACCGUCACCAAACAUAACUGACCUAUUCUCUUCAAGCAGCCACUUGGUUGUAGUGAGACCAGUCCAGUCGGGCCAGUCCAUUACGGACUACAGCGGGGUGAUGCAGCUCAAUGAAGAACAUGUAUGAUUAUUACUUAAUCAUUUCCAUGAAGUAAUAAUCACCAUAUUAAUCAUUUUGCACUGCAGACGCGGUAGUUCUUCUGCCUUAGCGUCUCGGUCUGAUUGCAUUUCCAUGAAGAAAUGAUAAUAAAUGUUCUUCCUUGAGCUGCAGUCCGUAAUGGACUGGCCCAAGGUCUCGCUACAAACAAGCGGCUGCUGGAAGAGAGUAAGUAAGUUAUGUUUGGUCUCUUUGCUAAAGAAAUCAGGCAAAGCUAAAAAGAUGUUUGGUGGCUAGUACUAUGGCUGGGACCCUGUAUGUCCUGUUGAUGAAGUUAGGUGCUGUUCUGAGCAUUAUUUGUGGCUAUAGAGUGGCUUUUUGGUUGAGCGCGUGGCUCUCUGUAUUGCUAUGUGCGGUCAUUACUAAAGUUAGUAUAACUAGAGAAGCAAGCGGCCGGCAACAAUCAUCACUCAGCGGGGUGUCUAACUCGGUGCUUCAGUGUGUUUGACCCUAAUUUCAUUUUACGCCAGAAUAUCCCUUUAAUACAAUACCAGUUCAGAAAAAAGGGUAGUUGCUGUUUUUGUAGAUACUGUUGCAAUUAAAAAAUGAACUCCUGGGCAUGUAAGAGGUUAAUUUUCUUUAUUUUUGGUUUCCAGUCCUCACACAAUGGUUCAGAAAAAGUCACUUUAAUUCUGCUCUCCAUACAGCUCGGAGGAAGCAGAAGUGGUCGGUCGACCCCAGAAACAGUGCCUGGAGUAACGAUGACUCCAAGUUCGGCCAGAAGAUGCUGGAGCGAAUGGGCUGGUCCAAGGGGAAGGUUAGUGUUGUGAUGCAUUUCUGCUGUCCCAGAUUCGGUCAGCGGUCCUGAAUCCCUGGUUAAAUGAGUUGAUGUGUCAUAUUUUUUGCUGUUUUUAUGUGAAGGGCCUCGGCAGAAGUGAGCAGGGCUCCACUGACCACAUCAAAGUCAAGGUCAAAAACAACAACUAUGGCCUGGGAACCACUGCCAGCUAUGAGGUAAGGACUUGUGAAACCUUGAACAUAUAAUAGAAGAUGUGGGGGAAAAUGUAAAUGGAGAAUUAGUUAUUUUGGACACACAGGGACGUUUGUGUAUUUACCAUGAAAUCCAAUUUAUAAAUUGCACGGAUUCAUGGGAGGCAGUCUGUUUUGGAGGGGGUUUUGUUAUGUUGUUGGCAUUAUGUUUAGGAGCUGCUCCUUUGCCAUUAAUAGGAGUGGAGUUAGUUUAGUUAUGUGACAAGGAUGCUACCCUUUAGAGGUGCCUCAGGUGCAAGGCUUCCAUGUAGACCCAAAGCUUCCUGGAAGGAUUUUAUACCUCAGCUGGCCAGGGUCCAGUAACAUCUGCUGCCCUCUGGACCCAAACCUGUAAGCAAUGGAUAAAUGUAUUUGAACCUAAACCUGCUGACUACUGUCAUUUAACUGGAACUAACUGACCAGUGAGGCCUUUGUUGACUAAAAGUUCCUUAGUGUUCAAGUUCAAAGCUGUACGUUUAUGCCUUUGUUACACCUUAUGGAGACAUGGUGUGUGCUGUUGUAGGAAGACUGAGAUGCAAUUAGGGCGGAACGGCAUGGUCUGUCUUUGUGUGUGUGACUGUGUGAUCUUACAAUGUGAAAUCACACACCAGGACACCAAUAUUACUCAGUUGCAGGGUUCAGUCUGAAAAUACAAAAGCAGCUCUAGACUAGUCUUGUCACUAUCGUCUGAUUAACCAGUUGGACAGUCUUGCAAUUUUAGGUGGAUCACUCUCCACCACUACUGAAAAAGACGUCAUUGUUGACUGUGGUGUCCUUUUAAUUUGGUUCUGUUGUGUUGACAGGAUAACUGGAUCGCCCAUCAAGAUGAUUUCAAUGAACUUCUCGCUCAGCUGAACAACUGCCACGGUCAAAACAACAGCACAGGUAUGAGCACCAGUAUUUUUGUUUGUUGAGUGUGUCUGUUGCAUUUUUCUCAAACAGGGGGAAGGUUUAUUCAGCGGUACUGUGUUCUAUACAGCAUUACAACAGAGUAGUUGUUCCCUAUAUAUGACAUAGACAUUAUUCUUUUUUUUAUAUAUAUGAAGCUAAAACAAACAAAAAAGGUCUUGGUAUUUUACUGCCACACUCUGCGCUUUGGUAGCCCUUCCUGGUUAGUUGGCCCAUCUGUUGGUCAGUAGAGGGCGCUGCACUGCAACAUUUAGAUACAAUCACCGUACUCCAAUGGACUCUGUCAUUAUCAUUGGUUUGUAUAAGAGUAUGUAAAAAGGGGCAUUGAUAGUGUUUCAUUGUGUAAAUGUGAUUUUUGAGAAGGUGUUUUCAAGUUGUUAUGGUUUCUGUAUCAUCAUCAUAGAACCUCCAGCAGGAGAGCAGCAAGGAUUCAGCCUGGAAGCAAAAUCCAAAACAUCCAAAAAGAGGGUCCACUACAUGAAGUUUACCAAAGGUGGGUUCAUUUUUCUGCAGUAAACAGUUUUGUUUUUACAGCAGAACAAAGAUCGGAUAACUUAACUGGGACCAUCGCGGUUACAAAUGUGCAAACUUCAAAAACAUUUAUUUUCCAGUUUUUCACACAGAAAUGAAAAAAAAACACCACAUUUAGCGGACAUGUCACUAAAGACAUGAAGGGAGAACAUGUGACUUGUAGUUGCUGAAUGGUUUGACGUUGGAAAGGACAAGAAGUAACAGUAUGACUUGAAAAUUUUCAAAUUACGUCAACAUUAAUAUGUGUCAAAUACAAUUACAUACAUUCUUCUAAGCAGUUCUGUGUAAUAAAUAAACCUUUAAAGUCAGUUUCAUACAGCUCUAAUCCUAGACAUAUCCUCUGAUCAUUGCUGCUUGAUUUGACCCCUAAAGCUCCUCCUGCAGUGUGGACUGUAUGAUCCACCUCUGACUAUGCAACCAUCCUUUUUCUAUGACGCUGUUCCAGAGUAGAUGUGUGUAAAUGUAUCUUAAUACUUAUUGUGAGAAUAACUCAAGUCUGCCACCCUUAUCUUUGAAUUUUCCAGCCUUUCAUUUCAUCCAAACAGACCGACUAACGGCCUCUUUUAAGCCGUGUUCAUUUUGCAGACAGAUGCUGAUCUGAGGUCUGUCUGUCUGCCUGUCUCUGGGCCCUGUGCCGGGUCACAUGGCUGGGUCACUUGGCCCGGUCAGUGCUCGGGAAAGUUAUUAAUAACUUUUGCCUCUACUUUUCAUUACUCCUUUACACGUCAGGAAACCAAGAUUUGCUAGUCAAGGCCAGAGGACUGAUAGACAAGAGGAGGACUUUAGAGUUCAGCCCCACUGGAGACUUAAAUUAAUAAUCAACUUGCCCAUGUUUUGAUGCUUUAGUUAGAUGGAGCAUAGUUGAGUGAUUAAAGGCCCAAACCGUAGAUAAGAUUGUAGAGGUAAUCAUAAAUAAUCAAGGUUGUUCAGGAUGUGAAUUUGCAUGCUUCAGGGUUGCUACAUCUAGCUGAUCGUUACUUUGUUUUGCAUUUUUGCAGCUAUUUGGCUUCUGCAUUUUUGAAGAAGGUAUUGCAAGCUCAUGAAUUAUUCACAUGUUUAAGUCAUUAAUCCCUGAUUGUUUUUGUUUCUGGGUUCAAGUGCCCCUCAUCAAGUCCGCAAACAUGGAAAAAACAAAAUAUCUUUACUUUUACCUCACCUGGAACGAGCCUUCUGCAUUUUACGUCAUUCAAUAGCAACUUCCUUUUUCCUGUUUGGGGCAUCUGGCAUGUCCAUUUACAGCUCACCCCCCUCCCCAGAAAACAACACCUCCCAGGGCCUGUGCGACCCAUUAGAUGACCCCGCCUGAUAAACUGUGGCCUGGGUCUCUCUUCCAGCUCCUCUUAGCCUGUUUUUGUGAUCUUAAAUUGACAGGAGCCAGAAAAAGACACAGGCACUGAUAGAUGAGAUGCACCAUACAAUAAACACUUAACACUCAAACUAUAGCCUGUAGGGGAGUGAUGAUGACUUGUGGCUGUGUCAUUUUCCUACAGCUGCCCUCCUUCCUGCCCUCUGUACGUCUAUAUACUUUCCUGAACCAACAGCAGAACUUUUGGGCCCAGUUGCGUCUUGGUUAUAAGUCUGCAUAGUUUUUCUGAUUUAUAUCAUACUCCAUUUGAAGCAUGGUUUUACUUUUCUGUCAAAUCUACCCCAUAGCGUAGAGGCUGUAGGUCCCCAUGGCCUUGAACUUGUGCAGAAGCCUACGUAUGCAGCCUGAGGUGUGCCCUCUAAAAAAUGUAACUAUGCAUCAAAACAAUGCCGACUGUAGCCCUGUGAUUGGUCCGUUGGGAAGCUCAGGGUUUUCCUGCAUUUACAACAUUUCCGGUAUGGCUGCCCCUCGUCCUCUGCCCACACUGCUGUACAUUUGAUCUUCUCCGAAACCUCCUCCUCUUAUUUAUUCUUUGCAAUAACUGCUGUAUGAACAUUUAUGGAUUUGGUCACUAUGGUUUCCUGUGUGCACAGACAAUAAGGGCAUGUAGUGACACAUAGGACUGGGCAAUUUGGCAAAAAAAAAAAAAAAAAAUGAUCACAAUAUAUUUUGUCAUAUCGUCUGAUCUUGAUUAAUAUCACAAUUUUUUAAAUAUUUUUUUUAAAUUGCCAGUUUUAAAGCAUCUGUACUAAAAACUAAAGAAACUAGAGAUUAGUUCAACAUUUUGUUAAUAUACAAAGUAAAUAACAAAGCAAAUUAAAUCAGAUAAACUUGUAGAAAAAUAUUAAAACCAUUUUAACGCAACAGUACAACAUAUGUAUAUAUAUUUAUAUACUCAAUAAUACAGUGAACUAUUUAACAGUCCUGAGUGUUUCUGCAGGUAUGCAGGACCCAAAAUAAACAAAUGUCCCCCUCAGGGAUAAUGAAGACGACUUAAAAUGUAAUUAUUAGAUGAUGUAAACGUAGAUGAUAUAAUUGAUUGCUGCUUUAGUCUCGUGGCUGCACCACUAGUUGUAGCUAAACUGCUAAUGCUAAUUGUGCCGUCAGCAGUGACAGGCUGCGAAGACUCCACUCACAUUUUCAUGCUUUCUGCAUAAUCACUCGGGAAGAACUUCUUUAAACGAUUGAAUAGAUCUAUUGUGAUGCCUGUUUUUGAGGGCACUGAUCGCUGAGAUACCUUACACAUCGGCUUAAUUGCUUGGCGUCAGUUUGGAGAUACCCGAACCACCGCCACAUAACCGACCUUGAGUAACUUUUCUUCUCAACAACGGCAUCUUCGGAGGAUGUCUCAAAGUCAUGGCUGACAUCUAUUUUGCUGACCUCAGCUCCAUGUUUAGCUUCAUGUUUGGUCAUUCUGUUUACUUCUGUUUAUUUCUCCGGCAACUUACAGAAGUGAGCAGGAAAAGCUCGACUCUGAUUGGCUGUUGUCGCGCACAUUUCUGCCAUGUUUGAUCGAGUAAAUAUGCUUACAGCUGAUCACCGUGAUCGAACUGAAAUUUAUCACAGUCAUAUAAUUGCCUAUAGUCCUAGUGACACACAUACCGAACUCAAGCAGCCAACAAGCGCCGAGGCGAGAGAGUGACACGGACACUCAACUGAAGUUAAUUUUAAUGGUAUUUGCAUUUCAAGACAGUUUUUGAAGUCUGUGUUUGAAAUGUGAAGCCAUGCACGCCAACCUGAGACACAUGCUGUACGCCGACAGUGAACUCAAAAGUCUCCUUCCUUCUUUGUGUCUCGCUAACUAAUCAGGUCUGAUCCGGCCGGACUUUUAGGUUUCUAAUCCAUUUGAAGAGAUCUCUUUCAUUAUCACCACCAGCUGCUCAAAGGUCAGGGGACACUCCGAAAGGUGACAGCACCUGCUGAUAAUUCUUUUAAUAUACCGUGAGACAGACACUUUCUGACUCUGAGCACCUUUUUAGUUUUUCAGGUAGUGACAGAGAUGAUAAAGGAGCAGUUUAGGGGAUUUGCCGGUGGGGAUCCUUGAAGUGGAAUUUAAUCUUGGAGCAGUGUUCAGCUGUCUGUGAAGGUGGUUGAUGUGUCGGUUUAAACGUCUUUGGCAACAUGAAACCUGUCUCUUAAAAGGGGCCGUUGUCGUGCGACAGAAACAACGCUGUCACAUCAUGUUGGUCUCAAAACUUGGCAAGAAACUUGUGAGUGACUGAUCCGCCUGCUGUCUGUUUCUUAUCAGUACAUGAUCAGCUUUAAGAUCACCAAGUGGCGUCAGCUACACUUGAUCAAUUAUUUCUCAUUUUCUCCUUCUGAUGACUUUGCUCCAGUGCGCCCAGCUUGUGGUCUGGAUUGACAUAAGCAACCAAGGAGCUAGCUGGAAACAUGUAACCCUGCCACGCCUGUUUGCAGCCUGCCACAGGCUGCUCGGGAGCAGGCUCUCCUCCCUGAGAAGCUGUUGCCAAGUUAAGGCCCGGUAAUAGAUUUAGUGUUGCUAAUCUGGUUACAGGAGAGGUUGAACAAGUCAGGUCCAACUUUCAUAACUCUAGAAGUGCAGAGUGCAGAGAAAGUUCAACCCCAGAGACUUCGGUUCAUGUGUGAGAGACUUAAUAUAAAGGUUAUACCCUGUUCCCAAACUUAAGCAUUGAUUGGUUUAUUCCCGUGAAUAUAAGAUGAGUUUAAUCAUUUAAACAAGAAUUAUUUUUGUGGCCACCAUCUAAACACCCAGCCCCCCUCCAUCUCAGUUCCUCAUCUUUACUCCCCCUCUUUUUUUUUUUUUUAAUCACUAUCCUGUUCACGCCGGCUCCCUCACUGCCAGCGCUGAGGAUUGAUGGCCUUUGUUUGUGGGGAAAGGCACCAAAAUCUCCGCUGCUCAGGUCCAGAGCCCACAGCAUAAACCAGUAACCCAGUUUUAAUUGCUGCCUCCAUCUAUCACCUGUCACAGCAGCGAGGGUGGCUGAUGCAGAAUUUAAGUGCAGCUCUGUAAGCUGCUCUGUGCGGUUGGUUUGUCUUUGGUAAAGUAAAUCUCAGCAUUCAAGCACAAAAUUAAAGAAAAGACUGUUGUAUCUUAUCAAAGUAAAGCGCUAAAGGCUAGACGUUUAUUUAUUUAAAUUUGUGCUUUUCUCCAUAGAGUCUCGGAUAUCUGUUGUUCUGGUUUUACUUGUUUUUACCCGUACACAGUUCUCAUUUCACACAUGCUCUGGGAAAACCAGCUUGGAAUCAAAGCGUGCAUUAGCAGAGCUGCAUUAGCUGUCAGAAAAAACUCAGGUCUGUUUAGUAGUUUUGAAGUCACUAAAUCUCUGUUUUUGAUUUGUAGAAUUCAUUUCAUCUCUAGCUGAUAUUGAUCUAGUUGUGUGUAUUUAAGAUGUCUGCUCCCAAACUUGUCCUGCUGUAAAUUGGCACUGUUGUCGGUGGCACAGCUGCUCUGAAGAAAUUUGCAUGCAGGCGCCUAUCGAUGCUGGUGAAAUGUUUUCAUUUAAGCAGGUAGAGAAGGAGCAAAAGACUUCCCGACACUUACUUUCUUGAAGUUGGUUGAAAUUGGCCAGGGCAGUUUCAUUUUCAUUGAGUUUCUGCUGAAUUUUCUUUUUUUUUUUUUUGCUUUAAUCUUAUGUUUAAACGAUGAAUUUAAGUGGUGGGAAUCACCAGUGGCCCCAGAAUACAAUAUUAUCACGAUACUUUAGCCACAAUACGAUAUUAUCUCGAUACUUGGGCCACGAUAUGAUAUUAUCACGGUACUUUGGCCAGGAUAUGAUAUUAUCAUGAUACCUGGGUCACGAUACGAUAUUAUCACGAUACUUGGGCCACGAUACGAUAUUAUUGGGAUUUUUAACAUUUUGCAGUACAAUGAGUAUUGCGAUACAAUAUAAUGCGAUUUAUACAAUUUUUUUCAACUGUUUAGCUAAUUUAGCAUUUGUCUUUCCUUAAUGUUUGUCUUAUCUAUUUUUUCAUGCAGCAUAUAUAUUUGUUGUACUAACUUUCUCCUGCUCUAUGAUGUCACCUCUGCCAACCUCACUGGACAAACAGUUGAUUUUGUUCUUCCAUUGUCAUAAGUUUGACUUGAUAUCAGCAAUUAAUUAGAAAAAUCGAUACUUGGUAAAUGAGAUGAUACGAUAUAUCACCAGACAAAAUAUCGCGAUACCAUGCUGUAUCGAUUUUCUUUUCUCCCACCCCUUCAAAAAAUUGAGUCCCCCUAACCCAGAUACCUUGAAAUGUUCUUGGGAAAAGAAAUGUUGAGCUCCUUUUUUUUUUUUUUUUUUAAAUCAGAACACAGUUUUCUGCACUUUCACAUAGAAAGGCCUGCCAGUUUUGACAGCCACUUCCUCUCCCAAACAGCAGAAAGGUCAGUUUGGACAUAAUUUUACAUCUGACCUAAAGUUCACUUCACGACAAACACCCCAGACCCCCCCGGCUCCUCAUUUGUUUAGGUUUUGGACAUACUUUCUUGGUUUAUUUCUUAGACCUGCCUGUGCAGCGACUUUCAAAGCCAGAAGCAGAUAAGGAGAUAGAGGUUUAAAAGCAAUAAAUAACCAAAUGUUAUCAGAGCCACACUGAAGGAAGAGGAUGCAGCUGUACGAACAGGACCCGGGCUCGAGACAGGCGGCUGUGUGCUUCAGGAGUCUUUGAGGCCCGGCUUGAAAAUGGGAAUCCGGAGGCGGGGCGUGGCAGACCUUUUCAUCGGUUUAUUUGUCUUUGCCGUUUUAUCCCUGGAGCAAGAUGCAAAAAAAAAAAAAAAACACUUUAACCCCCCUCCCCCCUUGUCUUUUACUCUGACAGACACACACACAGUCAUGCUUUUGGCUGUUCCCACAUUAAAACUUAAUACCUUUAGAUUUCAGUUUCAGAGUUAUUUUAUUUUGUGGAUGUGUAAAAAUCUGACUUUUUAGUUUCCUUUAGUACAUAUGCAAAAAACACUCAUCGGUGUAUUUACUAAUUCUUUGAUGAGACUUCCGCUGAUUUAAUUUUCUUUUCCUCCCCUCCCAGAGCAAUAAAACCAAAAUCUAAUGUAUCAGAUUUUAUAGUGUGUGUUAAAGAGAGGAUUUUUUUUUUUUGCCUCUUUAGGUAAGGAUCUGUCCUCACGCACCGAAACAGACCUCAACUGUAUCUUUGGGAAGAGAGGUCUGGGAAGACCGACUAAAGACCAAGAACAGGUAAGAGACUGAGUAUUUCUGACACACCUGUCUCCAGAACCUUUCAGUGUGGUGAGAUGUGAAGAUAAUUGUAGGAUUUUAGAUCCAGUCCUUUUGCCGUCGUCAUAUUGUAGUGCCUUUUGUAGGAGCCCUACAUUGAGGAAGUUUGGGCCUUGAAACACUAAAUUAUUUGCAUUAAUAAAGAGAGUGGGUCUGUUGUGGUGUUAGUGUGUGCUCCCCUGCACUUUUGGAGAACCUUAAAGAAAGAAACUGACACUAUCAAAGGGGUAAAUGUCUCUUUUAGCAGUGAAAGUCUUUCAAAGACCAAGAUCAAGGCUCGUGAUCUUUACCAACUCAGUCAAAGUCAAGUGUGCACGCGGAGGAGGUGACACUCCUCUGGCCAGGUGGCUCAAGAUUAUCGCCUCUGUGUGGGUAAUCAAGGAUGACCACUGGUGCUGACGCCUCCAUCAGCGGCUGCAGCAUCAUGUGACCCCAGCUGCUCCUACAGGUCUGCGGUCCUGAACAGCCCGUGGCCUUAGAUUAGCCAUGUCACAGCGUGGAGCUUUAACAACGCCAACAGGCCACUGUUGGUGGCAAGAGCACCUAAAUCCAGUUAAGGGAUUUGCACUUCUACCCUCUCCUCCUCUCUUUGCUCUCCCUCUCUUCUCUACUUGUGUCUUGCAGCGCUCACAUCAGGUAGUUGUAACGCCAGCGGGUUUCAUUAAAGGCAAAUCCAAAUUGGGAUGAGAUGUGCAGAAAUCUGCAGUGAUGACGCUCGCAGAAAAGUUCUGCUUCUGCCGCUUUCGGCACUGGGGGUCGGUCACUUCAAACGUCACUUUGCCAUUUGGCGUUUUGCUGCCUCGCAUGAUUUUGUAGCUCACAGGCCUGGACAAGUACGAGUUGCAUUUCAGGUUAAUCUAGUUCUUUGGCUUACUUUUCCAAAACAAACAAACAAACUCACAUUCACCUGUAUUAUUUUUAUAGUUUUUUUUUCUUCAGAAAGGAGUGGGUUGGUUUGUGAUUGUUGAUUUAGGGAACACCAGAGUACUCGGAAAUCUUUCUGUUUCUUUUCGGUGUCUCAAGUCACGUUGACUCCACUCAGAUCCUAGAGGACAUUGACAAAUGUAGCUUUUGGUCUCAGGGACAGAAAAAAACGCUCUUACUGGCUCUUUCUGUUUAUCUCUAGCAUUUAGCUUGAAAGAAUUGGCAUCUUAAAAUCCAUAAAUUGCAGGAGAAAAACCUUCUCAAUCCCCCUCGCAGGUGCUGAGCCAUAGCAUCACAAUGGCCGCCGCUCCCCGGCUGAUUAACAUUGGAAACGCAAGCAAUACACGCCGUCAUUUCCCCCCCUAAUCGUUUGGUUAUGGGUUGUUAUUUUUCAGCCAGGAGGGACACCAUUGACCAUAUCGAAAACACUGAGCACAAUCACAAUGGCUUCCCAUGAGGCCUUGUGCUGAAGCCCAGCAACAUCUGAGGUUGCUGGGAAGAGGUAAAGAGUGUGAUGGACCAAUCAAGCUUUACGUAUUGUGUGAGAUCUCGGGUGAGUGUGCGUGGGUGACACUGCCAGUGACCCUCAGUGCCCCCUGAUCUGUGCUUUAAGUACAGGUACAGCUCAAACACACACACAAAUGCAAUAAUCUCAGCGCCGCCCUGGAGAGCUGUGACUCAGGAGUGACCGCAUCCACACUGGGGACUUGUAGCUACAAGCCACGCUAUCACAUAUCUGCAUCCUGAUGAGGCCAGGCCAGGAGACUUGACCAAAUCUGGAGCGGCUCCUCCAGAACCGCCCUCCUUCCCGCUCAUGAAUCUUCCACCGCCCACCGCUGUCUCUCCAGCCUCCUUUCCACUGGUUCCCCCUCUGCUGGGGUUUUCCUUCCUCUGUAGUGAUGUGCUUCCUGCUGGCCUCUUAUCGCUGCGCACAACGCUCCCUGAAACCCAGACAGGCAGAAAACACACACACAUGCAAACACACGUAUGCACACCCGGCUGUCCUGCUUGCCUGCAUGCCUUUGUGCAUCAAAGCAGCACUGGAUGAGAAGAAAUGAACACAUGAGGCCGAUCAUGAAUCUUGUCAUGAAAUAGUUGUCAGAAAGUAGUGCUUGAAAUUCAUAUACUUUCUUCUCCCUGAACUUCUGUCUUCAGACUGUGUUCAGAUGUAGACCUCUUGUAUCUGUAGCUCAGGAACUCAAGAGAGACAUACCCAACUUUAACUAAGUGGGAUCCACUUUAGUUAAACAAUAGCUGGUCCACCCUCUAUUAGUCCACAGAAUGGGCACUGGAGCAGCACUGGAGUCUUUUUCAUAUCAUAUUUGUAGCUUAGUUAAAUAGACUAUAAAGAAAACAUAUUUCUGGGGCACCUUAACUUCCACGUCUUUCAUUUUCAGGGCUGCUCUUUAAUGAAAACAAAAGUCAUAAGAAAGAACAGCCCUCUUCCUCUGUCACUAAGACUGUGCAUCUUUUUUUUAUCAGAAUAUGCUCCCGGUGAAAGUCUUUCAACUCUGAGGGCUUUAAAAAAACCUUCAAUUCAUCUGUGCGCUGCGAUUUGGAAGCUCAGGGCCAUACUUAAUCCUUGCUAACGCUUCUUAAAGCAGUAAGCACAAUUUUACUCUGAUAAUAAUUAGGUGUGGAAUAAAAAAAAUGAUACAGCAUAGAAUUGCGAUAUUUUGUCUGGUGAUAUAUUGUAUUGUCUCAUUUACCAAGUAUUUCAAAUGAAUUGCUAAUAUGAAGUCAAAUCUAUGAUAAUAGAAAAAAUAAAAUCAACUGUUUGUCCAGUGAGGUUGGCAGAGGUGGCAGGAGGAAGUCAGUGCAACAAAUAUAUAAAAGGUUUGUAAGAUGUGCUACAUAAAAAUAAAAUACUGUGUAAGUAAGAAAAACAUAAAGGAAACACAAAUGCUAAAUUAGCUAAACAUUUGAAAAAAAUCACAUAAAUCACUGUAUAUUGUAUCGCAAUACUCGCUGUAUUGCAGAAUGUUGAAUAUCGCAAUAACAACUUAUCGUCGCCCAAGUAUCGUGAUAAUAUCAUAUUGUGGGGCCACUGGUGAUUCCCACCCCUAAUAAGAAUAAAAUCUUACCAUUUAUUAUUUAUUAUUAUUAUUAUUAUUUUACAAAACAACACAUAAAAGUUACACACCAACAUAAAUCAAAUAUUAUUGAAUAACAGGAAGUGACAAUGAGGACUAGUGGAUGCAGUCCGAGUCUUUACAAGUAAAAACACCCUGACAAAAUGUGGUUUUCCUGAGCGGGGUUGUACGGUCCCCUUCAGCUGCACCUUAGGUGUCUCUGUUUGUGGUAGAGGGUCGAUGAAUCCAGACAGAGGGGGAGCUGCUUAGACAUGACUUCUCAGUAUAAUUCAGUCCAGUACAACAAACACCACAACAUGCAAUCUUAUAAUCCUGUCUGUCCUGCAGGAGCGAUAAAAAUAGAGAAUUUAUAAAUACGUAUGUAAAACCAAAAAAGCAUUCGACAACUUUUAUUUUGAUAAGACUCAGAAAAAACUGCUCAAAUUCAUGAUCCGCCUCACUGCCAGGGUUUUUUACUGCAUGAUAAACUCGAGUGCAUCAGAAAAGAUCAGGCCAAAGCUGCCUCCAAGGAAGAAAUGUGAAAAUGUACUUUUUACCCAUGCAUGUCAGCACUUAUGUUUUUGUCCAUUUCUGUUAGAUUGCCUGUAGUGUAUUACAGUGCAUGUUACUAAUAUAAUAAAUACUGAGCACCUGCUUGUCUUGGUUAAAGCUCGCUAGUAUGUUAUUCAAAUUUAUGACAAAUGUGCGUGUGAAAAAACACAAAAUCAAAGAGAGGAAAUGUUCAAUACUCAAAGAUCUGGCCCUUAGUAAUUUUACAGUUGUGCACUAUUCAUUGUUAAAUACAAACAUUACCCAAAAGAUGAAUGAAUGAGCACUAGUUCACCCUCCAACCCCUUCACACAUAAAAAUGUAUGCUUUAAAGCAUGACUUACUCUCCCUGACCAGUGGUGGUUAUCAGGUUGUAGUGGAGCACCUGUCCAUCUACACAGCUCUCUGUUAUCCAUCACCCAUCCCACGCUCACAGCCCCCCUCCGUCUCCUGCCUCCUCCUGUGCCCCUCAACACAAUUACUCACAGCAUGACAAACGACAGGCCCUCUCUGCCGAGAUAUCAAAAAGCCCCGGCCACUUCUAAAUGAAGGUACUUUGGCAGCCCUGUGCUCCCCGUGCUUAUCGGCGGGCGAGCAGUGCCCCUGGCCGUCCUGAGUCCCCCCCUUUCCUCCCCUUCCUCUCCACCACCGUGCCCUCCUCAGGGGGUUUAGUUAGGGGAGCCACAUGGAGGGCCAGCCCGGCUUGAUUUAUCUCCCUUGCCCCUCUGCCCGGCCACUCAGGCAGGCCGAAAGAGCCGACGAGGCUCCAACGGGCCGCGGCUCGAAAGCCCGGCAUUAGCUGAAAUAAACCAUUCUGCCGCCCAGUGAAAAAUGUCCUCUGAUUGGCUAAUUAAUCAGUCAAAGGGGAGCGACGCGGCUUGUGACUUGAGGGACCCAAGCGGGCAACCGCAGAGGGCCUGCUGAUAAAUAGACUCCCCGCCGAUUCAUACAUCAACAAAAGUUAGUCAUUUUUUAAAGCCGCCGGCUCCGAUGAAAGGUGGAAACAAACUGUAGUUGUAUUUCUCCAGCGAUAUUUCCUUCUAUUCUAUUCCUCCUCAGGGUGCUUUAUUCUUUUGAAAUAGACAGAAAAGUUUGAGUUUCUUUUGAGGAUUUUUUAAAAAGCCCGUUUGAAAGCGUCAUUUUUUAAAAAUUCUAUCAUGAAUCAUUUAGAGGGUGAAAUAUAAAAAUAAAAUUUGAUUUCCUUUUAUUGGUAAAGACCUUUUUUUUUAUCCUCAGUUUAAAACAGGAACUCCUGGUUGUCAGUUUAUUCAGCCAAGGAGAAAAAAACUUUAAUAUCUUGGUAUCUCUAAGUUUUGGAGCUGAUUAAUUGGGAUGACAAUUUGACGGUUUCAGAUAUUAAUUUUCAGAAACCAUCAGCCCGUUCAUUAGUUCUGUACUCCUUAAAGUUGUCAGAGAAAAGAAAUGGUGGACUAUAAAUUGAAAUGCGGGUUGUUUUGACGGCUGAACCCUCCAGUCAGACGGUUGGUAUGGAGCACCCUUCUCCCAGGUCAGCAUGACCCCUGCGGCCUCUCCCACUCCCACUCCUGCUCAGGCACAAAGAAUCAAGGAUCGGGCCUCAUCGGGUGGCACCUGUUGCGAGUGUUUCCUGCCCACGCCUCGUCCACAUGAAGGAUCGCACUUCAGCAGGGGGGCUCCCCUGGUACCCUCAUCGCAAGGAAUAUGGGACGGGGGCAGAAUGGGCUGGGGGGGCUUGAGCACUCUGCAGAUGUGUCGGCAAGGCGCCAAUGAGCCUAUGGGCGGAGUCGGGGUUUAAAACUUUGCUGACAGCGCAGAGAGAAAAUGUUUCUAGAAGGAAAUUGUCUGCAACUUAAGUAUAUUCACAGAUGCUAUUAAUGCUAAUGUUCAGAUAUAUUUAAAUCCCUACUUUGCUGUUGUACUGAGGUCAAGAGUGCAUGCAACGAUGAGCAAGCCCUUUGUUGGAGCAGAGCAAAUGGCUUUGAACAACUAUGAGUCAACUCCAGUAACAUUUAUAUUUCUUCUUAGUUAGAAUACCAUUGGUUGCUCAUCAUCAUCAGGCAGUGGACUGAUAAUUGUCUCCCAUGUGGAAAGGGUCAAUCCUGUUAGCAUCCCUAUCAGAAUGCUAACAGGAUUGUUCUCCGCUCCCAGCAGAGACCCAUUGCAUUGUAUAACUAACAACAUAAUUAGAUUAGAUUAAUACAGCACCAAGGAGAACUGCACAAUGACUUUUUGGCUCCUUAUCAUCUUCUAGAGUCAAUCUGUUGAGAGGAUGUGCUGUUGUAAACGUGCGUCGCUGCAGUGUAUAGACUGCUGCCGGGCUUAUUGUGUGGCUGAGGAGCUGUAAUUCAUUCUCAUAUAACAUCUAAUUGCCUGAAGUAAAAGCUCUCAUUUUCUUAAGCGUGCUUGUUGACAGGCCCUCUUACUCCUGCCGCUGAAAUGAUCAAGACCCGCCAACUUACCCCAGUCCUGCUGAGACACAUGCGCCACACGUCUACCGCCUACCUCCCUGGCAGCUCUGUGGACUGCUCCCUCCCCGCUAUGCCAGCCCGCCGACACUUACAGAUUAGCGCAGGACAAAAAAGAAAAGAGGGCGUCUGUCUCUUAGUUACCGGCCUAAAGUAGAAUACACAGGGCCGGGGUAAUUACCGCCCGCUGAAGCUAACCGCCCAAAGAUUUCCAGCCCUCUCGGCUGUUUACAGCCACAGCCCCCCAUUUAAUCACUGAUUCUUUAUUCUAAUAAAUCACAGCUGGGGAAAAUAAUCACUGUAUCUCCCCUCUGUGGGGUUGGGUGGGAGGACCCCUCUGCUCUUGAGGGGGGCAUUGUCGGCAAGCGUUUGCUAUGUUGAACAAGCAUAGGGCAGUCACACCGCAUGCAUAAUCUUGUCUUCAUUUGUUACUUAUGAUAAACGUUCUUGCAUUGGGAACAACGUGCAAUUUUUCAAAAGCCUUUUUGUUUUGUUUUGUCUUAACCACACACCAAAAGUAUGCCUUUUGCAAAGAUAUUGUUUUCCUAGAAACAUCCACAUGUGAUUUUCUGUGCACUCAUGGUACAUCAUUUACACUUUUAACUCUUCUACUCUGAAUUGUAAAUCCUCCAGCAGACGACAGAGAUGAAUAUAUAUUUCACUUUAGAGGCGGUGACAUUACUGAAAAAUAUUGAUGUUUAACUGGAGGGUUUGCUUAUUUACCAGGGGAUAAGGUAUCCACCUGUUUUUCUGUCCGCCCACAUCAGCCCUGUGAAGGAUGGGCUGCUGGACUCGUGUGCUCAUCAGGGAGAGACAGCUGGCUAAUCAGGGCCUGAUCCAUAGACCUCGACUAUCGCCAAAUUUAUUAUUGUGGCAGGACAAUGAGGGCACACUCAUGCAAUUACAGACCCAACCAAUAUUGGCUGGAAAUUAUUGAGAGAGGAAAAAAAACAGCAAGUAAUGCAAACAGGCAGUUUUUAAGAAAAUUAAUGGGCAACUGCAGCUUAGUCAAAUGCUAAUUAACAUGUGAGCCAAAAGGAGGUGACUCCAUACUGAUCAGUAAGACAACUUCUCCUUUUUAACAGCUUUACUAACUUUUAACAAGUGAAUGUCCCAAUCUUACCUGUUUGAUCCAGUUUUAAACAUCACUACAAGACAAUUUUUCAUGACCUGCCUAACAUUCAGCCCUGAAAGGACUGUAGCGCUCUGAAAGGCUCACUUCAGUGUUGCUUUGUCAGUGUUUGCUUUAAAGGCGCCUCACUGGUUCAAAUGUAAGACGACUAAGAUUAUAAAACCUUCCUGUCCCUCCCUUUUAAGAUUAUCUCUGUGGAAAAAUAUGGCUCAGACCAAAUCUUAUUUUUAUAAUGAAAACAAUGUCACUGAAAAUAACAUUACAAGAAACACAUAUCCACCACAAGAAAUACGCAGUUUUUCAUCAGGGGUUAGGCUUCAAAAACAUCCUUACAUGGCCUCAAUGGUGAUCUGUACCAGUCAUACUUUAUUCCCUUAUUUCAGUGUCAUACUCAGACACACUCCUGUUACUCUCAUUGAGGUGACAGCUCAAAGAUAACCAAUUUAGUAAGACUGUCUUUUCAGACUUGCUAUCAUGGACUUCAUAGUCGUGAUACAGUCUUUGGCUUUUUUACUUCAAUCAGCUUGAAAACUUCACUUGUCCUGAUCUAUCACUGUGGCUCUCUGUCUUUCAUCCCCUCAGUGCUGUAGUUGUAAGUUACAGUUGGUCUCAGUCAUGGGAGGUACACUCACUCAAUUAGGUGGUGCCAUUCUUUGUUUUGAGCAAAUAUUGUCAUUCAGUCUAGACCCUGAAUACAAGACCAACCUCACUUUUUCAGAUGUGUUUCCAGACCAAAAAUGUCUUAUACUCUGGUCAGUACAGCGAUGGGUGAAAAGACAUGAAACAACCCUUAAAGACACACUCCAAUGGUUUCUUUUUGAUUAUUCAUAAUGUUCUCAGUGGUCUUUAAACUGUGAUUUUAAAGGUUUUAGGCAAAAUCACGUUAUGGGAGGAGACAGCACCGCUCUGCACACUGCUCUUCAUGCUAGCUUGUAGCCUAACAUUGCCGGUGUAGUCAAAGUGGCAGGUAACAUAGGAGCUAUUCAGCUCUCUGACACAAAUCUCUUUGGGGACAUGAUGAAAGUUAAUGUCAUAAUUAGCCUUCUUACGAGCAUUGCAAUUUGCUAACGCACAAGCUUGUUCUGCGAUCGUCCUCUCUACUUUUCCAAGUGCGGCUUGCAUAGUGGGGCUGCGAGGGCAGAGCUUGGAUUUGCUACAUAGGAAAUCUCACUGGGCCUGAGCCUGUCGUUUGGGUCUGUCAGAGGUUCAUAGCAAUUUAAUGGAAAAAAACUCAGAAAUGCAAUUUCGUUCGAAGUUUUCUCAUGAUAUGUUCUUUCGCAUCAAGAAAAUGCUAUAUGAACAUGUAGACAACAAGAAAAACUGGAUUUUCGUCAGAGUGGGUCUUUAAGUAUGGUCAGAUCAAAGCCACAUUUUAACAUGAAAUACAAAUAAAUUCGUUCUUUCUUUUCUUGCACAUUUACCUUACUUUUAUAUUUAAAAUGUAAUCCCCAUGGUUGUAUUUUGGUACUACUAAGAUGGGAUUUUUCUUGUUAGCAACUUGUGCAAGCACCCACAUUGUAUUAUCAGUGCAUCAGGGAAACUGCAUUAGUAAAAUGCCAGUUGUUGCCGCUGUGUUUAUAAUAACACUUGGAACUGCUGGAUUGAUAAUUCCAAGAAUUCAGGUCACAAAUGUAAAAUGCAUUCGUUAUGUUUUAAUGUUUUAAUUUAUCUCUUGUUUCCAGAGACUCAGUGCAUUGGUCUAUUGUUGGUUAUGAAAGUAAGAAAUCAUGACUAAUGUGCAUUUGGAUCUCUUUUCUCUAUAUCCUCAAACACAGCCUAACAAUGAAUGAUGGGGAUUGUAGUGAAUCAGGGCAUAAAAUAUAUCCCUACAUAGGAGCAGUAAACAACAAAAUUCUUUGAUGUAGAUCCAGAUGGGCUCACUUGUGUGUAUGUAAAACACAACAAUGAAUAUCUUUAAUGAGUGGGCAAACCAGGAGAAAGGCCAGUUCAGAUUAAAAGCUCUUUUUACAACCUGCACUGUUUAUAUAAUGUCAUAUCUCUAGUUACGUGUCAAAGUGUGUGUGCGUAUGUAAAGAUGUGAUGUGGAGUCAUGUCCUCAAGUGUCGAGCCUCAGGUGUUGUGUGAAUACGGCUCAAAAGGCUGUAUAGUUUUCUCAUGACUUAAGCUGCAGCCCAUUGUGGAUAAACCAACUUUAAACAUUUUACUGCUGCUUAGUGUUUUAGUUGAGUUUUAAACAAUUAAGUAUCCUGCAAUGUGUGAAAAAGAAGUCAGCAUUGACUUUGUGCAUCAACAAGUGGUAUAAACUUCACACGACAGUCAUUUCCACAAAUUAAACAAAAAAAGAAAAUAUGAAGUUGAUGAAUUGGAUGGAAAAACUUGGAUGGGGAGAUGGGGUCCUGUAUCUAUCGGGAAUAAAGGACAUGUUGGUGCUUUCUCAGAGUUAUUGGAGAGAAAAACAUGUUUCCGCUGAUCUUGUGGUCAAAAAAGUUUCACAUGCACUCCGGCGAACCUUUCCCAUCAUCCCUCUACUGGCUCGAUCGACUCUCCCCCUGAAUGUGUUGGCCUCAGUAUAUUGGCACCUUGGCACACGUCUUCCUGUUGGCUUUCCAUUGGCUACAUUAGCAGGGACUGAUAGAACUGGAGUGUCUUGAAGGAGGCGGCCUGUUGAAUGUCUUCCCAUCCUCUCCUUUUCUCUGGGACCCUCUGCGGGCCCUCCCUGUGUUCCCUGCCCAGCCCCGGCCCCCGCCAGGGGAGAGAGUGGAGCAGGAAGGGCCCGAUAGCCAGCCAGACCGCUCCUCUGCCGAAGGAGCCUUAUCUCAAAACUGCACGCAGCGUACUGAGCGCAUCCUUUUCCUGGGGUUCUGGGUCCGGGAGGAGGAGGAGGAGGAGGUGGAGGAGGAGUAGACAAGGCCAGAUAUAGGUGUGCUCUCCAACCCUCCACUCUUUAACCCUGCUUUGUUUUAUCAUGGGAUUACCUUUUUUAUUGUUUUUUGUGUUCCAGCAAUUAACUGGUUUGACUCAUUUCAAAUACAUUUUAUUUUGGCUUGAGGUGUAGAACUGGAAAAAGGGAAACUAGACUGUACUGCUUCUUAAUUUUCAAGUAGUUAUGCGGAAGUUCAUAACCACAAUGAUUCACUUCUUAAAACCAUUUGCUGUUUUGACAAAUAUAGAGAAUGUAGAAAUGCAACUGCUGCCUUUGUAAAGACAUAAAAAAACAGAUAGUCAUCUCAAGUUUUUGUGAUUUCUCUUCAUCAUAGGUUUUUUUUUUUUUACCAGCAGUGAAGUGUUCUGAUUUGAUAUUAACAUAAAGGUUAAGUCAGUUCUGCAGAAACUUAUUUCUUUGUGAUUUGAUAAAUGUAUUAAAGUUAUUACAGAUUUUAUGAUCUCCAAGAAAAGUAGAGUCAGUUAAACAGUCACAUAUUCUCAUUGACUUAAAGAUGACCCUCUUUUUAAGACUAAUUCUGAGAAAGGAGCUUUAGGGUGACUAAAUUCAUUCUAUGAGGAAAAAAGUUUAAUUCUGCAAUAACAAUGAAAGAAGAAUGCCUUCUGAAAUUAAACAUUUGACAUAGAAUAAAAUAUCAUCACGUGUGAAUUUUUGUCUAAUUAAUUUACCUUGCCUUUAUUGAUGGUUUGUUUUGCAACCAAAGCAACCUUGAAACUAGAGAUAAAGCAGUUAGAUUAUCAGUGUUUUAGUACCAUAAGAAUAAAACUACCCACUAGCAUCUACUAGAUCAGCAAAGACUGUACUGUCCACAGGGGGCGCCAAAGCUGACACAACUGUAAAGUUCCUCACAGGAGCUCUAAAGUCUGCUUCACUGAUGGUUGUUUUCUCAGGAUGAUAACUCAGCCUCUGUUUUUUAACUUGCCCUGAUUUUACUCAACUCUGAUCACUGUCUCUCUUUAUAUUUGAUCCCCUUGGUUGUGUGUAGUUGUGAAUAACAGCUAGCCUCCCUUAUGAGGUGUACAUCUGCUUAGUAUGUAAGUGGGGUGUCUGUUGUAAUGAAUAUCUGCAUUGGGUCUGUAUGGUACAUUAAAAUACAAAGGGCAGAUUAAAGGGGAGAUUAAGCGACUGGUUUUUACUCUUCGGUAUUUUACUGACAACUAUUAUCUUGUUACAGUUUUUUGAUUUGAAUUUUUCGUCUGUACAAAGAUAUCUCUCUCUGGGUGUUGUGGCACUCAAACAAAAAUGUUAACUGCAAGUUACAGACCAGAUAAAAAAACACACACCUGGAGACUUGGAAACAAGAUCUUAAACAUUACUGAGAUGUUUCUAAGCGACAUGUUGCCCCCCAACACUCGCCAACAAAAAUCUCCAAGGCUGCCAGUAACACGGACUGGACCUUCAGGUUUCUAUCUGUGUGUGUGUGUGUGGUGUUUGUGUGUGUCCAGUCUAUGCUCAGCGUAGCACUUUCCCUCCUGUCGGUCUAAUAGAGAUCCCCAGGCAGUGAGGACGAGUCACUCUCCAACUUCCAGCCACUUUCCCCUGAUGAAGGAGAUGUUUCUUUCUCAGUCACUCUCCCUCUCCUUCUCCCCCCACUCGCUCACCCACCCCCCUCUCUCUCUCCUGAGAGUAAUUUCACAGGCAGCUCUAAAGUGGCCCCCAGCCAUCUUCCCAAAUCCCAGUUACACGUUGUUUGGCACUGUCAGCUCUAAGCCCCAUCUCCUCUCUCCCAAGAAGCAGAGAGGAUGCAAUUGUGCAGUAACAGGGAGUAUAGAUUUUCUUUGGGAAGUUGGAAAGUUUUGUUUAAUGGUACCUCACUUGAAGGGCCUCAUACCCUCUUGUUAGAGGUUAGGCUUCUUUACAGUAGAGGUCUGAGGAAGCUUUAAACUUUCUGCUGUCUCAUUUAGCCUCAAUCAUGUGCUCUUUGACUGUAUUAAACACCUGAAUGCAGUAUUUUCAGGCGAAAUGCUGUCAAAAGAAAAAGCCUUAACAAUAUUACUGUAAUUACGGUAAUACAUCUAAUAGACAGGCCUUAAAAAGAUUUGCCUGUCCCCUUAGUUUAUGUCUGAACACUAUACUACUCAACUACCUGGAUGUAAACAAGCACAUGAUGAGAUGACAGAAGCUGACAGAUGAUGUCUCGUAUUGAUACAUGGUUUGGCAGUAUUUGAUCUAGACAGUGGAGGUGAAGUUGUUUGCAGGCUGUGGCUGGAUUAACGGGUUUAUAACCAUAGACUGUAUAUACUAUGGACAACUUGGUUCUGCCUUCCACCAGUAAACAGAUUUAAAGCCAAAAAGCUCUCAGUAUGUCCGGGUUUUUUCCCCACUUCCUGGAACCACCACUCGCACAGUGGGGUUAUACGCAUUCAGCAGGAGAGUCACAGAGAGUCGCUGUGAUGAUGCUCGGCUCAAAUAGCUUAUCCCCCAGGUGAGCUACGCAAUCUUUGUACGCGCAUAGGCUGUAUCAAGUGUCAAUCAUAUAAACAUAAACCCCCUAAUAACUUUUAAAAAUGGAGCUGCACAGAAAAAAAGAGGACCUGAGCACAAACCAGUCUUAGAAUAACUACAUGUCAACAUCGCAAGCAGGGGGUGAGAAAAAUUUAUAUUCUGUGUAAUAAAUUUCCACAGCUCCAUAAGGAUUGCUGGAGAAGGCGGGAUUUAUGACCUAUACUGCAGCCCGUCACCAGAGGGUGCUGUCUUUGGGGUGGCUUCACCCAACGAGGAAGAAGACGGCGUCCAUCCUAUAUACAGUCUAUGUUCAUGACCAAUAGACCACAGAAGUGUAGAACUUGAACAGGCAUAUGGAUGUUAACCUGUAAGUAGGGCUGAAGGCUUGAGGGUCUGGCUCUGCUAACCUCCACCACACUGCAGAUAUUUGACAUUGUCGGCCUGCAGACUUUAAGAUGUCAUGAUCUGCCAUAUUGAAUAAAUUGUGUUGAGAAAAAAAAAAAAAAGAUAUCGUUUUAAGAAAUCGCACAUGGUACAUCUUAAAUCAUUAAAGAAAUAUUUCUUUUCAUUUGGUAUUUAGCUAAACGUUGGACCAAAUGCUGCACAAAAAUUGACUACGAACUGGAAAAUAAAGCAAAAACAAAGACAUCAAUUCAGGUCAAAAGACUGAUCAGUUUAAACAGCUAAUGAAGAGCAUGAAGAAGAGUCAAUUAAUCCCUCCUAUUAAAGGCAAAUGUGCUGUUUUCACCCCGGAUACUUGGUAAAAUCAUAGAGUAACAAACGUAAUUUAUUGCCUGAAAACACAGAAAUUGAAACUUCGGUAUAUUUGCUGAGCAAUAAUUUCAAACAAUACGAAUCAAUAUAUCAGUCCACAAAAACAAUGGAUGACUCCCUCAUGGAAAUAUGUAUCGACUAUGAAGAGCUUUUAGUGGGUUUAGACUGAUAACAUGUAGGCUUUAAAUUGAAGCUGUGUUUUUCACAGGAAUGACAUUUAUACUAUAUAUGGAUGAAUGUAUAGAAAGAGUAUUUAAAACCUCCAACCUGGCUCCAUAUCCCAGUCCAUCAGCUAGCUUUUCUACCUCGAUCAGCGUUUCAGGUCAAAGUGGUGUAAUCUGAGUUUAAAGGCUUAAAGGCCAAACUAUAAGAGGACCUGACACAACCUCAUCUGUAUCGUAACACAUCCCUAAUCUGUGGGGUUUGAAAAAUGUUGUCCACUUCACCAUCACCAUCUCUGAGGUAAUCUGCCGAGCGACAGUAUUGUUUAGUGCGAUCCUCGAGAGGAGCUUCUGUAUUCUUCUGGACAAAUCAUUAUGCAUUGAGUAGGCCAUUAGGAAAAUGAAGACAAAUGGGUCGCAGGGGUGAGGUGACAAAUUGUUCAUGCUGUAGAGGUAAAAUGUAGACGGUGUUGUAAUCCUCUGCUGUAAAGUUUGCCCCGUUUAAUAACGCAGACUAGAGAUUGAGAAGAUUAGUCUGUGACGGACUCGUGACGAAUGUGACUUAGCCAUAGAACAGCCGACCGCCAUCAGCUGGGGUUUAGGCCCAGACAGGUUACAUCACCAAAACUAACUGUCCUGUUAUCACACAGCCUCUUUAUUUCAUUUCAAAAUGAUCAGUGUGUUGCAGUAUUUUAAACCAUAUUUUUUAUAAUUACAUAUAAUUUGGGGUAUAUGAUAGGGCUUAAACUAGGGCUGCAACUAACGACUAUUUUAAUAGUCGAUUAGUCACAGACUAUUGAAAUGCCUUCUCAAAUGUUCGUGCAUCACUGACGUGCUGCCAUGAUUAGCAAGGUCUGCUUUGCAAACCUUGCAAGUUAUUAUUUUCUCACCUUAUCUAGGCUUGAGUGCUCCCAACCUUUGGAGGUUUUUAAGCACAUACUCCUAGCUGCUGUAUGGGACGCCACUUGUCGGCUACUCAAACCAUUUGUCCAUACUGUGAGUGAAUGUCAACCAGUCAAAAAAUCGACACCACAGGGAAGGAGGUUGACCUUGGCUCUGACAUGUUUCCUUUAGAAAAGCCACUCUUUGUUUUAUGUGGAUAAAAUGUGAUUUUAUGUGAGUGAAUAAACCUUGUGUAGGGCUGGUUUGAUGGGUCCAUACCUCACUGGUGCCUCUGUUAGAUAAUAGGGAGGUCAAAAACUACAAGCUACACAGAGAAUAGGGCUGCACAGUUUUGGCCAAAAAUAAAAUUCUGUUUUUUGUUUUUUGUUUUCUCUGAAAACUCAAUUUUAGAUUUUGAUGUUUUAUUCAGUGCUAACUUCAACAAGCUUCACUUUAAUAAUGAGUUUUUCUAUCAUCUCUCAAAAUGAACAUUUCCAUGUGAAUGAAACGCCAAUACGACAAAAACUUCUGCGUUUACUCCUGAAUUUGUUUCCGUGUGGACAGGUUAAUACCACCUUCAGACAGAUUUUGCAGCAGGGAGUGGUUUGCGCUUCGUCCAAAACUGCAAAAUCGAACCAAUUCCUCACGACUGACUUGCUCUUGCCCUAUUUAACCAUGAAAUUAUCACCUUCUUUUGCAAAUGCCAUGUUCGUUUACUGUGGUAAACAACUGUGGGAACUGGGAAGUGCUCCCGCAGAAAGGAAGCGUCUAUGGUGGCCUGGAGACGUGAGACAUGAUAGAGAGGAGAAUGUUUUUUAUGGUUUUAGUUUUUUUAACAUAGUCAUAAUCAAAUAAUCUGAUUACUAUUUAAAAUUGAUUAAUCGUGCAGCCCUAUCAGGGACAUAAAAUUAACACAUCGCUUAACUUCAUGGAAGUCAUUGCAGGUCAGCAGCUCCAAGCUUUACCCCUGGAAGCCCCCCAAAUUAGACUUUUAUUUUGUACACCACUAAAACUUUUAUUUUGUAAUUAACAGCACUCUUUGUAACACUGUAUUUAAUUUUUUACCUAUGUUUAAUCCAACAUUUUUUUUUUUCACCAAUUAUUAUUGUUUCACACUACGAAGAAGCUUUGGUAAGGAGCUGUUAAAAGGCCGAGAGCACAAGGACACACAGCUGGAUGUUUGAAGCUUCAUAUUGUUGUUAAAUGAAGAUCCAGGGUGUGUUUUAUUUUAAGGUAAUCAUUUGACACCUAUUGUUACAUCGACAGCCUAUUCUGGGCUCUUUUCACUCACCAAAAUCUGACUGGUUAAUCUGUGUGAUGACGGAUGAACACUUAAGCUGCCCUGUCCACCAUUGUGUAGUUUCUCCAAAAUAGAAAUUAACCCCGUCUUCCUAUUUUUGUGUUCUUGGUUUCAGGACAACAGCAGCAGCGAUUCUCAGGGCGAGGCGAAGGAGACCAUCAGUCCCGCGUCCCUUAUAGCGGACCCCGAAUCCAUCACUAAGACUGUGACCAGCACUCUCACCAUGCAGGAGUACUUCGCCCAGAGAAUGGCUCAGCUGAAAAAGGCACAAGGACAGGUCCAGAAUACCGAACCAUCUGCAGCUGAUGAAACUUCAACUCCAUCUGAUGAAGUGGAUCCCAACUUGGGUGGUAAUAAUGACUCAGAAGAGCCCAGAAAGAAAAAGAAAAAGAAGAGCAAAAAGACAGCUGAUGAGCAGGAAGCAGAAGAAGAGUUCAAUCCAGUUGAGAUCGAAGACAACAAUGAACAAGAGCAAGAGCGCCCAAGAAAGAAGAAGAAGAAGAAGAGGAAAGCAGUCGACUGUGAAGAAGCCACAGAAGCAUCCUGCAUCUCUCCCUCUGCCAUCGAGCAAAACCGUGGAGAGCUUCCUCCGUCCAAGAAGAAGAAGAAAAAAAAGCAUAAAAACCACAUUGAGGAAACAGAGUUAACAAAUGGACAUGCAUCAACUAAUGACCAAACUGAAGAGUCUGAGAUUGUUCAGAAAAAGAGAAAGAAACACAGAGAGGAGGUGGACAGUGCAGCACAAGAAGACCAGGUGGAGGUGGUGGAGAAGAAAUCCAAAAAGGACAAGAAAAAGAAAAAGAAACAGCUGGGAGAGGGUGAAAACUAGACCUCUGAUAAACCUCUCAGGUUGUCUCAAUAUUAGUAACAAUAUAAGUGGAAAAGUGCUGCAUGGAGAUAUUGCCUUAAUUAUAUAAUGACAACAUUCUCCUGCUGUGGUGAUCAACACAAACUUUCAGAGUUGGUUUGAUUUUGCGACAUGGUCAGAACAGAAGUAUCACGGUCAGGGUAAUUGGAAGUAGGGGUUCAUUUUGCUACUGCAGGAGAAGAAAAACCUUGCAUUCAGGAAAGACCAUUGACUGUAAUUGAAUACGGACAGUGCAUCUCCAAGUCCCACUUGUGUAAAAAAGUGAAACCUAAAUACCUUCAGAACGUGUGCUGACUGCUUGUGAUGGGGAGAAAUUUGAGGGUUAUUAUCCAUCAUUUACCCAGGGAGAGACCUUAAGGUUUUGGUGUCACUUUGGAGGGGCUGUUGUGCUGUCAGUGUUUUAUCCAGUCUAUGUAAAAGACACUGAUACACCACUGUUGCAGAGGAUUGCAAAAUUUCUUAUCUGACAGAGAUCCAUAUGUUAAGAAAUGUAUAUGAACUUCAUGCUGAGUUAGGUGAUAAAGACAGUCCCAAAUUUUUUGCCCAGCCCUAAUCGUAACUAUUGAGUAAAGAUCAGGUGCAUAACUCUGCAAAAGUUUAGUUUUGAUCAAAUCAAUCCUAUAGGAAAUGAUGUGCCGCCCACUUAACUAGAGAGAUAGCUUGAGUUUUGUAACUGUGUUUGAAUGAAAUACUUGGAGUGGCACAGAAAAAGGCCGCUCAGCUCAUCCUCUUUGCUAAGAAACUGGCAAACAAUCACUAAAGCUCGGCUACCAAGUCUUGCAAUUAACUCCAUAACAUAAUUAUACCACCAAUAAGUUUAUUUAAGUCUAACCUCUUACAUUUAUUGAUGUUGAUAAUUUUGUGUGAUUUUUUUUUUUUAAUUUCCUGCAUUUUGCUGUCAGAAAGUAACUUUGAGAAGCAGAGCUACUUGCUCAGUAGUGUGGAGCCCAGCUGACAGUUUCCCAUAUCCAGGCUACAUGUCAAAUAACCAGCUUGAGACGUGGAGAAAAAGCACGGUUCGACAUAUCUGAGUGUCCAAAAAUUUGAGGAUGUUUUCCUCGAAUUUGUCUGACACAUUCAUGAGCUGUAAUGAAAUGAAUCUUCGACUAUUCUAGAAGAUUAAACCCUGAAAUAAAUCAAAAUACACCUUAA